GGACAGGGAUCGGGUGAUCACUUCUGGUUCCGGCUCUUCUUCUUCUCGUGAUGGCCCCGGUUCAUCAUCAUCUCUCACGAUGCGAACCGAUUUCUUUGCGUAUUUCUUUUUGUGUAUAGGGGCGACUGAUACUGUUGAUGUUUCAUAUUUAUUUUCAUUUUCCUUUAAUUUCUUCCUCUUCAGGUGCAAUCUAGCUCCUGUGGUGGAGUUUGCUGCCGAUGUGGGAACUAAAUCUGAUUUUAUUACCAUGAAUCCAUCAGUUGUACAAAGAGCAUUUGGAGGCUUUCGGAAUGAGAGUGACAGAGAAAAAUUUGUGCAUAGACUAUCGAUGCUGAAUGACAGUGUCCUUUGGAUCCCUGCUUUCAUGGUCAAAGGCGGAGAGAAGCAUGUGGAGUGGGUUAAUGCAUUAAUCCUUAAGAAUAAAUUGAAAGUGCGAACCGCCUAUCCAUCACUGAGACUUAUUCAUGCUGUCAGAGGCUAUUGGCUGACAAACAAAGUCCACAUUAAACGACCUAGCACUGGCCUCCUCAUGUAUACACUUGCCACCAGAUUUUGUGAUGAAAUUCACCUGUAUGGAUUUUGGCCAUUCCCAAAGGAUUUACAUGGAAAACCAGUCAAGUAUCAUUAUUAUGAUGAUCUGAAGUAUCGGUACUUUUCUAAUGCCAGUCCUCAUAGGAUGCCAUUAGAGUUUAAAACGUUGUAUGUAUUACAUAACAGAGGAGCACUUAAAUUAACAACAGGGAAAUGCGUACAGCAAUAA